AUGGAUCCCGAGGCGUUUUUAGAUUUGGCUAAUCAAGUAACAAAAUUAAAAAUGUUUCCGUAUUUUGACAUUGCUCACAGUGUAUUAUGUGCAUUGGCUGUAAGAGAAGAUUUGGGACCGGGAGCUUUGGCAUUUUCCCGAAAACAUCCAAUGUCAUGUUGGUUAUCUACAAUGCUUGUUAUUUUUGCCGGUGGAAUGCUUUGUAACGGUCUUUUAGGCGAACCAAUUUUAGCACCAUUAAAAAAUACUCCUCAAUUAUUAAUUGCAACGGUUGUUUGGUACGUUAUAUUUUAUUCUCCUUUCGAUAUCGGUUAUAAAUUUGCCAAAUUUUUACCCGUAAAAAUUGUACUCGCCGCCAUGAAAGAAGUUUACAGGUGCAAAAAAGUACACGAUGGUGUCACACACGCAGCCAAAUUAUAUCCAAACGCAUAUAUAAUAAUGAUACUUAUUGGAACGUUAAAAGGUAACGGAGCAGGAUUUACUAAAUUAAUGGAAAGACUUAUAAGAGGAGUGUGGACACCGACAGCCAUGGAAUUUAUGCAACCUAGUUUUUACACCAAAGCUUGCCUUGUAGCAUCCGUCAUAUUUGUUUUGGACAAAAAAACAGAUUUGAUAUCCGCACCGCACGCACUCGUUUAUUUUGGAAUCGUCAUAUUUUUCGUAUAUUUUAAACUAUCAUCAAUAUUAUUAGGAAUACACGAUCCAUUCAUUCCAUUCGAAAAUUUAUUUUGUGCCUUAUUUUUGGGUGGUAUUUGCGAUGCAUUGGCAAGAAUUUUAGGUUUCGGACAACCGAAAGAAGGAGAUGCGAAAAACGAUGCGAAAAAAACGAAUUAA